CCAGAGCGCUGAUCCGAGAGGAAAGCCAAGUAGCAGAACAGGAGCACCGGGAAGGAGCCCGGGAGACUGAGCUCGGGAGGGAAAGAAUCCUGGGCGGGCGGUGGAGACCUGGCAGGCUUCUGCUGCCGGGGCCUCUGCUUGGAAAGGCAAUUUCCUUUCCAGGGCAUGGGGACACAUGGGUCAUCCUGCCUGGUUCUUGGCUUCUCUUCUCACUGAAGUCUUUCCCUCUGGGAAGCGAUUGCUGCCGUUCCGUGGCUCCCCUGUGGCCCUGGUGACCGCGGCGGGAGUGGCCGGCGGACAGCACCGGGCGCAGCGGCCUCGCAGGGCGCACACGGAGCCAACGCAGGGCGUGCGCUGCCCGCUGAGCUCGGACUUCACUCCCAGCUCGGGCUCCGCGACGUCCCUAAACGCAGGGAGCCUCGGGGCGUGAGGAGUCCGGCUCUAGGAAUCCGCCCGCGCACGCGGUCCUGUGUGAAUUCAGGACGUCGUGACCUUGAAAGAUCCUCCGGAAGGACGAGCGGCAGCAGCGCAGCGCGAGCGUCUCCCCCGCGUCUCAGUCCCGUGCGGCGCAGAGCGCGCUGCGGCGGGGCAGCAGGGCUGCAGAAUGAACUGACCAAAUGUGGAAUCUUGAAGACAUGAGCAACUAUGAAGAUUUUUGGAAGCUGAUUCAGGAGGAAGGUCAUGGAACAGAAAUCAAAGAAAAACUCCAGAGGAUAAAAUUUAAAAUGUCGAACCCCAGGCCCCAGGCUGCUCCUAGGAGAAGGGAAAGCAGGCCACUGGUGGAUGCUGAGCGGCAGGACAGACCUUGCCAGCGGGGACAGACCAGGACCUCUGCUCUGGGACCAGAACCCUCUCUGCCUCGAACCCAAGAAGAAUCUCAGCACCCACCUCUGAAGGGCCUCCUUUCUCAAGUUACAGAAUGGAGGAAAAGGAGUCAGCAGCGAGAAGAGGCAGGAAAACUAGCCCCAGGACAGGGGAAGAGCAAGAUUGUUUGUAAAGCAGGUGAGAAGGAUUCCAGAAGUAAGAUGUAUCUUCGUCGCUUGUAUCAGAUGUAUUCGACCUCCCUUGCCAACAUGGAAUUCUCCAGAAGACUGAUGGAGAGAGACGGCCGCUUUGCAGAUGAGCAUGCGGAGCGGGGAGCUGGAGGUCUGCUGGAUUUCAUGGUCCCAGAUGGACACAUGCAGCAAGAAGAAGUCCAGCCCAGGGAGAUGAGGACAGAGGACCCACCACCUGCCAGGCGGCAGCACGGAGCGUGGCCUGCCCUUCACUUCCUGAAGUGCCAGAGCCCAGCACGUGCACAGAGAGACCCCCACCCCAAAACAAGAGGACGCCCGGCGGCCCCAGGUGGCAUGCAUAACCCUACAGAGCACGUGAGGGGUGAACCUGCUUCUUCUGGGAUGACCACAGCACCCCUGACUCUGGAGCACAUGAUUCCGACUCACCGCGUAGUGGAGGCCAAAACGGGAAGCCGGUACUGGAUUAACUAUGUGGAUAAAGAAUAAGGCUGCGGUAUCAGAACUAGAUGCAAAGGAGGAAGGAAUGUUGAAAUCCCAUCGAAGUAAGAAAAAGACAACAUUCUAUUUCUGUAAUCCAAAGUUAUGAGGGCAUUGGUGGCACCUGAGGUGGAGAAGCAUGUUCCUAACACACAGCAUCAAGCCCAUCUCCUCGUGGCGUGACGUCCAUGUGGCAGCCCAGGCGAGCCAGAACCCGCAGAGGCAGUAUCAGUAGAAUCAGACUCACAGCGAAGCCAGCUGGUGGAGAUGGUCAGACACACAAAGACAACCAGCCCAAGUAACAUGCUGAACAAGCCUUAAAGUGAAUUUUUAAAUUAUGAGAGAAAAUAUUUGAAAAGGAAUGCAAUAGAGAUUGUGAAGUGGAAAAAUAUAAUAAAUGAAUAUAAUAUUCAAUGAGUGAUUUGAGUGGUAGCUUGGACGUACCUAAAGAUGAACCCCUGAACUAGCCAGGUCAGAAGAAGUGACCUCAUACAGCACUGGAGGCAGAGACGGAAGAGCUGAGAGGGCCUGGGACGCAGAGGAUGGAGUAAGAAGUCCAGCAUGUGUCUAGUUGGUUCCAGUAGCAAUAGUGGAGGAUGGGGAAAAGGCAGGCCUUGAAGAGAAAAGAAGGAUUUCCUCUGAUUUAGGGAACCAAGAAUCACAAACAAAGUGAGUCAAAAGAACACCACCAAAUAUGAAGUGAAGUUCUUUGAAGGAGCCCCAAGGAAAAGGCAGAUUACUCACAACGGGAUAAUACCCAGAAAUUCAGAUGGCAGCUCAAUAGGAAUAACAGGCAAAUUCUUCCAGAGUUAUUUUAGCAAGAAAAAAGCAAGGGCUGGAGAUGUAGCUUGGUGGUGGAGCUCUUGCCUCGGCUGGGUGAGGCCCUGGAUUCCAUCCCCAGCACUGCAGAAGAAGAAAAAAAGGAAUUAUAAAUAAGUAAUAGAAAUCCUAAAAAGUCCUACAAAUAAUAAAUAAAACCCACAGAUUGAAAAACCUUCUCACAAAGAAACUAAGAAAACUCUAGGUCCAUGUGGUUUCAUUGGAGAAUCUACAAACACUUGCGGAAGAAAGGGUGCCUCAUUCAGGCGUGCCUCCCUCGGAGCAGGGAGGAGAGGUCCCCAGCUGCUGAGAGAAGGCAGCAGGGCCUCAGUACCAAAGCCAGGGCAGGAUGUGCGUUACCAGGAGGAAAAGUACCGCCACCGCGGGCAGGAACACGUUUGCUGAACUCUUCACGAACAUAGUAACAAAUGGAACCUAGUGAUGCCUUGCUCAUUUCAGUAGCUUUCGCUUAGGAUAAAAGUAAUAAGAAACUAUGGCUAGGAGGGAAAUCCUUUAAUCUGAUGGAGUGCAUAUAUAUAAAUAUAUGUACACACAUAAAUACAUAAAAAUGUACUUCACAUCUUUCCCAUUUCUAUUCCAUAUUGUAUGGUAAGUCUGACUCAUAUGAUAGGAAACAAAAAGAUAUUAAAACUACAAAGUUAGUAAAAAUCCCAAAGAAUCUACAGAUUGAUUGGUGGGAUGAAUGGGUUUAGGAAGAUUGUUGGAAAAAGUGACGAUACAAAAAUUGACUAUAUUUCUAUAAUCCAGCAAAAAUUCAACAAAAAAUGACACAAUGGUGUUAAAAAUUGCAAACACCUAAGGACAAUUUUAAUGAAAUCAUGUACCAAGAAAACUAUGUAAUAUUGUUGGGAAGUAUUUUUUUAAUCUAAAUAAAUGAAUGCAUACACCUGUUUGUAGAUUGGAAAACUUGACACUAAGAUGAUUUCAAUUUUCUGUAAGUUGUAGAUUCUAUAUAAUUCCAAUGGAUAUCCAACAGUUUUAUUUUAAUUUAAACACAACAAAUUGAUUCUAACACCUACGUAGAAAUGCAAAGUUCGAAGUAGGUCCAAAUAUUCUGUCUCCUGAAGACCCAGUAUCAGUUUUGACAAUGGUGUAGCAAAAGGCAUGGAUGGACUUGUGUGUACCGCUCACAUGCACACCGAACACAGAGCACAGAGAAAGUCCUGCAGCCUACGCACAAACUUGCAACCGGGUGGCAUACAGAGCAGUGGGAAGAAGACCCUCUGCUACAAGUGACCCUGGGCCAGAUGGACAGCACUGACUGGGGAAAGACACCACCAAUCAAUUCUGAAUUGAUCGUAGGUCCAGGUGGCAAGAGGACAACAGUAGAAGUGCUGAAAUAAAACACAGGACGUAACUUCGUGCUGUCAAAUAGGGGAGAUUUUCAUAAAUAGGGAGCAAAAAUCAUUUAUCACCAAGAAAAAUAUUACUAAGGUAGACCACAUUAAAUUAAAAACCACUUUUUUAGGGGAGAUGAAAAGAUAGCCUUGAGCUAAUUGAGAGGCAAGACAAGGUAGAAUAAAAUAUUUAUAACACUUGCAUUGGCCAUAGGCUUGCAGAUAAAAUACAUAAAGGAUGCCUACAAGUAAAUAGGAUGAAGACAGGCAAGCCAAUAGAGAGAGGCAGAAGAUUUGAAGAGAAGGUUCAGAAACGGUCAGCAGAUGGCCAGCGAAGCAUUCAAGGUGAGCUCAGCUGCUUUAGGGAUCAGGAGAUCAGAAUCACAGGGACAGGUCGCCACACUGACCAGGGUGACUACUGUGAAGAAAGACGUGUGGACACCACCCAGGUGGAUGGUGUGUAGUUAAGUCCAGGUCCAAAUAAAAGUUAAGUCCGGGUCCAGACCCUGAGAUCCCCUUUCGGUGUGGAUUUUUUUGCCUUCCUGAUUGUGUAUUUUAAACAGAUCCACUAACCCAGGUGCCUUGAGCAUCUGAGUUUGACCUGUGUGCUCCUGUCUAUGAGCUCUGCAGUGACUCUCCCAGGGUGGGGAGGUGGGGGACAUGGAGACAACGUUUGCUCGAUGCUGGCUUCUUGCAUGGCCCCGUCACAGGCCUCCUGGUCAUAGCGCGGGGAGCACCAGUGCAGCCCGGAGGAGUCGGGGAACGGGAGGCACUAUUUUGCUCUUUUUAUGCAACAGACUGCUUUGAUGUCACAUGAAUAUGUUCUGAACUGCCGGCUAGCACGCCUCACGAGUUACGUGUGUGACAGUCAGCUGAAGAGCAGUUAGCGUGAGGUAUGUCCCCACAGUGGGCGCUUGGGCACGGGCAGGACGAGGGUUGGUGUUGGGUUAGGUAGACCAGGUGGGAUGAAUGGAGCUGGUGAGGGGUCAGCUCAUGAAAGAUAAUUUUAAUUUUAUUUGGACCUGGACUUAACUACACACCAUCCACCUGGGUAAAGAUUUGGGUAGCAAGUCCCCCUGAGCUUAGCGUCAACAGAUUAAGGAAAAACCAUUUUGGUUUAAAAAAAAGGAGGGAAAAACAUACACGUUGGCUCUGGUAACUAUACCUUCAGAAGACCAUUUUCUAGAAUCUCAUCUCCACCUAGAGGAUGGGCAAAAUUGACCAAAAUGAUGGUUUUUCACAACGGCAUGAGGCCGCAGGGAAUCUAGCUGGUGAAUGCAGCUAUAAAUAUUUAGCCCCCAUCCCCAAAAAAGAUAUAUAAACUUGCACCAGAGUUCAAGUCAAAAAUGUCAUAUGGUAUGAUUUAGAUGCUGGAGGAACGUGGAUCUUCUGGAUAACUAUAAAAUCCUACAAUAUACACACAAAUACAUUCUAUUUUAUGAAUAAAUAAUUUUUUAAAUUUUUGUUUAUUUUUUUAAAAAACAAUUUUUUUCUACAUGUGA